CGUUGGCAAGCCAGAUGUCAAACGGCUUUCUAGUUUUGUAUUUGUUGACUUUAAUGACUCUAAAGACGAAAAGAGAAAAAAAUUGCCAUAAAAAGCUGAAUUCGUGAAAAAUAUUUAGAUAAAAAACCAAACUAAUUAGACAAAAAUUUAGUUAAAAAUGGAUGCAAUAACACAUCGAAAUCUACAGGAGCUGUGUCGAGCCUGUCUAAAAACACUCGAAAAUAAUUCGGAUGGCAUCACAGAUAACAACAAUUUGCUGCUACCAAAUUUAUGUCAAUUGUUUCUUUGCUUUACGACGAUGGACGUGACCAAGGAGUUGGCAAAAUUUCCCAAGCUAUUGUGUCAGUUGUGUCUGAAUAGAUUGCUGGACUAUGAUGCUUUUCGGAAACUGACCCUUAAGAGUACCGAAACAUUGCACCAGAUGUUGUUGAGGGAAACAAUUCCUACGCACGCAGAGCAAGGACGAUCAACAACAAUGUGUACAGAUGAUUGUGAUGAGAUUUUGGUUAAAACCGAAAACAUGUCAGACGAAGAAGAUGAAAUUGUUCCAGCUGUAAUUAUUCCGGAAAAUGCUGUCGACCAAGAAGAAAGUUGGGUGAAAAGGGAAGAACAACUUUCCAAUCAGGAGACAGCAAGUCCGAUGCAAGAAACGCAGGAGGCGGAAGCGCGGGAUAAUAAACAUGACAAACCAAACGUUAAAGAGGAAGAUGAUGACAAUCGAUUGCUACUGCCGGAAUUAGCAGAUAUGGGUCUGAAUAUAAAACCUGAGCCAUUAUUUGAAGCUACCGAUACACAAUUCAAUGAGGAUUCCAUAAAUCAUGACGAUAGCUUCUCACAGGAAGAUCAAGCAUCAUUUGAAAUGAAUCCUAAUGAAGAUGGUGAUGAAAAUGCCGAUAACAACAACGACAACGAUGCUGAUGAUAAUGAUAAUGAUGCUCAAGGAAUGGUGUUCAAUGCAACGAAUGGCAAUGUAUCAAAGAAUGGUCAAACUCUCUUUCGCAUGCUUGACGGUCCGCCAGUCCAUCCAGAUACCAGACAAAUAUUUUUCUGCAACACUUGUAAUAAAAAAUUCUACAAACAAUUAUAUUUGGAUGCCCACAUCAAGGGCAUACAUUUGGGCGAAAAGGAGCCGUUCCAUUGUAUAAUGUGUCCCCUGACAUUUGUCUCCUAUAGUAAAUUGUAUUUGCACCGGAAAUCGAAACACACAAAAGAGAAGAAAACCGAAAAUGAACAGAACCAAAGACCAAAGCCACAAUUGAAGACUUCAUCGGAUAACAAGUACCUCUGUGAGCUGUGUCAGGGCACAUAUAGUUCGCGCAAAGCCAUUACGGAACACAUUAAGCGUCACAAACAAAUCAAGGAAUAUGUUUGUCAAUUUUGCGGUGUGGCCAAGGUGACACGCACCGAGUUGAACACACACAUGCGGGUUCAUUUUCGCGAUAUGGAGAAGUUCCCGUGUCCCCGUUGUCCGCAGGUCUUCAAUCAUCGCAAUGCCAUAUCGCGUCACGUGAAAGUGGUACACGAGGGCGAACGUCGUUACUCCUGUGACUAUUGCAGCAAGAAAUUCAGUACACGCAACAGCAAGGUUUGCCAUGAGCGUCUGCACACCGGCGAGAAACCGUUCACCUGUGCGAUGUGCGACAAGAGCUUUGCCCAAUCGGAAAGCCUGAAAUCCCACAUGAAAAGUCAUGACAAAUCCUUGUGCAAACACAUCUGUUCGUAUUGUUCACGUCGUUUUAUAACCUUGAAAAACCUCACCGAUCACGAGAAGCGUCAUACGAGCGAUAAACCACACAUAUGUGUGGUAUGCAGCAAAGGAUUCCACAUAAGUGAGGACCUGGACAAACAUUAUGCCAAUUGUCAUGCGGACGGUAAAGAGAGCAUCAGCAAAAAAAGACGCGCAGCGAAAAAGUUGCUGGAACCAACAUCUUCCUCGCAGAGCCAGCAUUCCAAGUAAUGAUUGAUGAUAAAGGCGAAAGCGCACACAAAUUCUUAGAAAAAAAGAGGACCUUAGGACUUUUAUGCCAUUUUUAUUUGUAAAAAGUAAUAAAAUUUGUCAGUAUAUGCUAUUUUUGAAAUUAAGGAAUCAUAUGUUGUAUAUUAAUUGUAUUGUAUAUUAUUGCAGAAUAAUAUAAUAGAAAUACAUAGCUUAUGAGGGUGUAAUGGUAA